AUCAAAAUUGUUAACGGCGAGCAUCGGAUAGGCGUGUAUGCUAGCCGUCACAUAUUAUUCGGUGAAGAACUUCUGUUUGACUAUAACUACGGUCAGACAUGGAACAAAUUUGUGCCGAUUGAGAAGAGCAUCAAAGCCCAAGCCAACCGCGGUACUCCUGAUAGUGAUUGUAGCCGAACUGCUGGAUCGCAGAAUAAACCUGAGAAGUUGAGGAGAUCCUUGCUCAAGAAAACGUUGAAAGGUGAACCGAGACUUUCUGAAACGAAGAGUGAACCCGCGUUGCAUGAGGAUCAUGGUCCUGCCCCACAUAACAAAGUUGGAAGGCCAAAAGGCCGUGUAAGUGCAGCACAUAAGAAAGCAUAG